AUGAGUCUUUUGUGUCUUCCGCCUAUCUUCCCCAACAUCAGACGCCUGAAGUCGCGUCUGCCCCGACACGCAGGCUCUCACGACUCAGAGCCAUCGAGCGCCUCAACGCCGACGGAUGAUGCUCAGAGCUCUCCAACGGAACUAGAAGAUGACGAAUCCAAGUCAAAUAAAGGCGCCACAGCGAAGACAGCCAUGAACGCUCUGAAGAUCUCGUUGAAGACGCUGGGAUCCAUCUCGAGCAAUGUUCCAUUCGGUGGUAUACUCGACGGGGCAAUCGUUUCAUUGCUGGAUAUUUUGGACCGCAUAGAUCAAUCCUCGCUGAAUGCCCAGGCUCUUAUCCAGCUAACUUCUCGUAUCGAAAUGCUGGAGCCAGUUGUUCAGAGUAGCAAUUCCCAGAACGGAAAAACCAUCAUAGAGGCUCUCGAACGGGAAAUUCGUUAUAUAGAAACCGAUUUGAAAACAGCGUCGGCACAAGGGAAGCUGGCCCAGUUCUUCAACAGUGAAGACAAUGCAUCCGCAAUCUCGAAGCACAACACGGCACUCACACAGCUCAUCGCUGAUUCGACGUUCGCCACGGUCAAUGAAGCCUUGACGUUGAUCCACGCACUCGAGGCCCGGAAACAUGAAGAAGUUGUCCGAGGUGAGUACGAUAUCGAAGUUAUCACAGGUGGACUGGGAGGGACGGGUGGUGCAGGGCAAAUAGGCGGCGAGGGUGGUAUUGGAGAGGGACCGGAUGUUGAACUGCCUACCAACAUGCGAGUCAACACCAUUUCGGGAGGCACUGGCGGUACUGGCGGCGAAGGAGUCGAAGUUGGUGGAGUAGGUGGUAUAGGCAAGGCGCCGGUGAUUCGGUUCUCGCGUGGUCGACAAUAUUCAGAUUCAGACCGUUGA